UGGUGGAAAGCAAAUCGCGAAUUACGGUGAAUUUCGAGAAUUUUCUAAAAUUUUGAGAGAAAAGGCUCGUAGAUUAAUACGCCUAUACAAGGAACUCAAGAUAGAGAGCAUGGAGUAAUGUUACUAAAAAUAAGCUUUGAGUGAUGUUGAAUUUUUUUCAACAGUGUGACUAGAUCUCAGUGGUGCCUUGCAGAAUUUGAAAUGCAACACUAGCCAUGUUGUCAGAUAACGUUCAAGUAUAACCAUAUUAUGACGUAGCUGUUACACUGUAGUGUUACAUACUUGUUUUGCAAGUUCCGUCGUGCUUUUGCGAGCUCUGUAUGAGCGCGGAAUACGACGAGUGUUGAGAAAGACGCACUAUAUAUUUAACGAUUGCGCAGCUAUAAAAGUAAUUUUUAAACGUGUGUAAGUCAACAAAAUUUAUCUGGUACUUAUUCUUAUAGAUAUAGCUACAUAUAUCAUUGUUAUGCCCUAGAUAAUAUAAUUUACGUUUAUAUGCGCACAUGCGGCAUAUGAGGGGCGCUAAAACAAAUGAAACUGUCUACGUUGAUCAACAUUGGACACAAGACAGAUUAGAAAACUAUAACUACAAAAUAAAUUGGAAGAAUAGGAAGCAAAACGCAGUAUUACCUGAAAUCAUAUAAUAAUGAUAGGAUUAUACAGAUCUCAGAGUACAAAUUAGGUUAUUAAUCUUUCAAAGUAGAGGUGCUUCCAACAGCUUUCAAGUAAUUAAUUUUUUUUUGGCCUUUUCUUAGACAUAGAUAUGGGAUAACUUUAUCUCAUUAGUAGUUGUUUUACAACAUUGUAAGGUAAAGCGGUUUAAUUUUUGAUGAAAAAAAAGGUAAACACCACGAUCGAUUUUGAUGUCAGUUACUACUCAUUUUACUCGUAAUUUGACCUGCCUGCCCCUAUUUGUAAGGGAUGAGUUUUGUCAAUUACAGUGAUACAGUUUUCGGGUGAAAGAAAAAAAAAACAAUUACCCCCAGAUGUCAACAUUAAAGCUGACUUCAUAACCAACAAACCGGAAGACGCGUUCUCACCUAACUGCUUCUUGGUUCGCCAGGUCUAAAUUAUAAACAAGCUAUGAUUAUUAACAUAAACAAAGCAGUUUUGUACAGUUUCUCCUCCAAACGUUGUAGCAGUCAUCAGUCAUUUCUUAGUUUCCCUAAUCGCAAGACACCUACAAAUUCUCAAAAAAAUUAUUAGAUUAAGAACAGUUGUGAAAAAAACAAGCGCUGAAUGAAAGACGGGGGAAAAAAUUCGCCGCUCGGCUUCCCUCCUGAACAUUAUUUCGCAGUGACAGAAACGUCUCUAAAACCUGAAAACUAAGAGGAUCUCAAUGGGGUUAACCACUAGCCAUUAAACGGCCAAAAAUUUAAGUUGUCAGGCGUAAAAAUAGACAAAUUUUAAUCCCUAGCCGUAAAAAAUGUUCACGGGAUUUUUUUAUUUUAAUCGCAGCCCGAAGAAAUAUACUGUUGGCCGUUAAAAAUGCCAAGAUAUUAAUCGUCACCCGUAAAAACCAUCAUCCUAUUGAGACCCUCGACUAACAGUUAAUUGGUGGAAAGAUCUUUUAACCCUUUAACUCCCAUGAGUGACCAAGACUGAAUUUCUCCUUAUAAUAUCAAUACAAUAUCAAACAGAUAAGUGAUGGGAAUAGAGAAAAAUAUCAAUUUGGGGAUAAUCAGUUGAUCCAACACUACAUUCUCUGAACUAACUUUAUAUGAACUGCAUGGUUGACAGUGAGGAGAAUUUAAAAAUUUGAUCUGGGAGUUAAAGGGUUAAGGUUGUAAAGCCGUGGGUCAACAAAUGAUUGUUAUUUUCCUUCAUAUGAUACUUUUUUACAUCGGAAUGUAAAUUUACAGUCCCAGUCCUGCCCGGAGGCUGUGACCGCCGGACAGUGAGUCAUUUUCUAGGAAACGUUUCCAAAAAGGCUUAAUAACUGGCGUUGUUCCAAAGAGAUAACUCAGUUUAAACUGAAAUCAAGUUACCUUCUACUUUCUACGAAUCUUUCGUUUCAAGGAAAUCUCAAGGUGAAUGCAAAGAUACUGAUUCUUUGAUAUGAUGUAACGAAACUUGUCUGUCGCCUAUUCAUCAAAGUUUGUGCAGCAUCAAGAAAAGGUAAUCAUAAUUUGGAUCGUUUAAAGUCGUGUAUAUAUCCUAUUUGAUCAUUCCAGGCUGAAUAAAUCUGGCGUUGGACAUAUGUUAACGAAAAUAUGGGGUCAUGAUAACAAUGUUUGCAGUAGACGAAUCAUGUAUGUUAUAGUACGUUUGUUCUUGACUCAGUUGAAAACGCCCUUCAGCCAAGUUUGACUGUAUCGCCGCCUUUUCAACUCUGCAAAUAAAAUUUGGUUGCCAUGUUAAUUUGAUCAUUUCAUUAAACAUUUCACGUCAUCAAUGGUUGUUUGAUCGUUAAGUUACCCUAUAAGUACGAUGAUGAUCGAAAUAUUUGCUCGUAAGGGCCUAAGUCGUCGAAUUUACCAACUUGUGCCUCCGAAAUAUCAAAUGUUUAAACAUCUAUGGCGCUACUUGUAUUUAUUCCGACCUCACAGCCUGAAUCAUGAGUGACUACUGUGAAUAAAUCACAAUUUAAGCUCAUUACCGAGAAAUGGCUGAAUGCUUUCGCUGCUAAUUGAGAAAGGAAUCGUUCUUGCAAAGGACAUCGAAAGAAAUAACGUCAGUGCAGUCCAUUACGAUGAUCACGCUUUUACUACGAACUCAUGCAUGCGAGACAAGCGGACAUUUUGAAUGACCUUUGUUAUUUGUAUUUACAAAAGGGACAGAGAUCGAAAACCAACCGAUUUACUUCUUAUUGUUUCAUGAACUCCUACUCCAUAUCAGUAAGUUCAAUAACAUUCAGGUGGACAUCAUUUUUGCUUGCUGCUUUGGAAAUAAAAUAAGUUCGCAUAAAUGUAUCAGUGCUCUAUCAAAGAACUUUGAUCAAUUCGCAAAUAGGUUUAUUUUGUGUCCUUCAAACUGCCUUCGGCGCAUGGGACCAGCUGAUUUUUGUUAAUUUUAUAGGCAUUCCGCUUUACAAUUUCUGUUUCGUCUGAACCUCAAUCUGACCCGGCUCGCUUUAUUGUUAAACUCGUUCUAAUUGUCUCGUACACGGGAAACAAAACGACAGCGACCGCCGAAAGAAAAGAACAUGUAAACGAACACGAAGCAAUACCUUAUCAACGCACAAAGCAUUUUAUCUUAGCUUAAAACGAGCGAAAAUAAGGAAAAGAAAUCCCGUUUCUUACCAGCACAAGUAUUUCUAAGACCGAGUUUUGGAAUACACAUAUGAGAGAAAACUUCACCGAACACAAUUAAAGGCGACUGAAUUGCAAUGACUCAAGGUUGACCAAAUCGCAGUUCGACUUGGUGUUGGGUUUCGGCCUUUCCGGGAUUUCCUGUUUUCCGGGAAUCUGGCCUUUAGGUUGACUUAUCUUGAGUUUCAUUACGCCGCCAGAAUGAAACAAAAAAAAUGCCAGAAAUGUCUGUAAACUUUUCACAAAUUAUCAAAGUGAUUGUGAUGACAAUAAAAGGCCAAUCAGACGAAAAGUAAGCAACGCGAAGUUACUCGAAUAAAGCGAGUUUCAAUGCAACGACAACAUUCGGGAAAAUCCAGCAAAUUGUCAAAGAUUUGUUUUUCUCAAAAGCUGCCUAUCACCUCAAAUAAAAGGCCAAAUCAUCAUGCAGAAAACGAUAAGAGUAAACUAGGAAAGAGGUUACAAAUGGCAGAAUUCUUCCUAUUUCAACUUUUUUUCAAGAAUACACUUCUUAGUUCUGAGAACUUGUUUUCUUCGGCUCUGCAUGACUCUCGUCUGCUCAUUCAGUUUGGAUAUGUGAUUGAUAUCUAUACGAUAAACAGAGUAGUAUAAUUAUGUCCUUAUGUGGAUACUUAUUUACCUUUUUGAGAUGAUAAUAUCUCUUCGAGUCGUUCGCCUGACUUGUGAAGGAAAUCAUCAACACUCACUGGCCAUGCAAUAUCCUUAAUCGUUUAUAUACUAAUGAAUUUGAGUGUAAAAUUUGGCCAUAACAAGUCUGUGAUCAGAUCAAGCAGAGGUCUUUUUUUCGUUACUUAGGUAAUAACCCAGUCUGACGUUCGUGACAGAGGGGAUUAAUCCUUCCUGCACUCCAACGGGUCUGUUAAUUAACGAGCCAUUGACUAACGGAUAUGGCGCCACGUAACGCAAAUGACGCCAAAUAUUUCUUCAUAGUGAGCCAAUACAGCCGCGGUAAACUGGUUAUUAAUAUUCGUAAAGGCAUUAAAAGCGGAGUCCUUGAGAUCGUGAAACCAGAACGUGGGCGGUCAAGUCAGUUGUGGAGAUGGGAUGAGAGUUGCCGGCUGGUCAGCAAACUGGGCCUUGUGGCAGAUAUCAAAGAUGAGAGUAAGAAGGAGGAAGCCGUCUGUCACGCCUGGAAAGCUCACGAUGGCCUCAGCCAAAAGUGGCGAGUCGAAAAAGGUGCCAUUAAGAGUAAUCUGAGUCAUCUUGUUAUCGAUUGCUCACCUCCCAGAUGUAAUGUUUUAAUGAGAAGCUUCGAUGAAUGCAAGGAACACCAAAAAUGGCAUUUUGUUCCAGAAAAGGCAUGGGACGAUUUUCAACUUUCACUGACAGAGCCAAACCCCCUUAAAAAGGCACUGUUCUGGAAAAAGAUGGUUGAAAAUUAUCUUGACGUCAUCAUGGGAUACAGUAUUACAGAGUUUGAGGCCAGAGUCCAAAAAGCUUUUAAAGUCAUAGAUGAAUGUACCAGCAGACUAGAAGAGGUAACAAAGGGUACUGGUCUCGCAAGAAAGGUCGGUGGAGGUGUGUCAGUCGUAGGAGGUUUAGUUUCUGUGGUUUGUCUUUCGCUGGCUCCAUUUACAGGCGGAGCCACCUUGCCCUUUGCUGCAGGAGGAGCUGUCGGUAUGUUCACAGGAGCAGCUGCAUCAUUUACAACCAACGUGGUGCACGGCCAACUGGACGAGCAGAGCAGAAGAAAAGUGAAUGAAGCCACAGCAUCACUCUUCUGCGCCACUUACCUCUUCCACUCGCUGUUGGGUGAGUGUAGUAAAUACCUGCAAGAAGCGGAUGAAUACUUAGAAAGGCUGAAGCAUGAAACGAGCACAGAAUCCUAUUCCAAGGAUAUCGCGACCGGCCAAGCCGAGGAAAUAAAAAGGCUCGUCGCGUGUACUCUCUCAGUCGAAGGCGAAACCCUUUCAACGGCUGGAUUAACUGGUACAAUGGCUCUUUCCCGAGCGAUGGCUGGUUUUGGAGUGCUGGCCGGCAUCGUGAAUAUAUAUUCAGGAGCUAAGACGAUCGCCAGCAGCGAAGAACUAGCAAAGGAAUUCCGUCAGUCUUCUGAAUGUCUGAAAAGAGAGGCUGAUAGACUCAUACGCCUAUACAAGGAACUCCACCAAGACAAACAGAGUAGAAAGUAG